ACUUGAUUUCUAUCCCUAAGCGAGACGACAAUCAUCCUAGACCUUUUCAUAUGGGAGUUGCUCCCCGGGCCCUUACUUUCACGAAGGGCUAUCGCUCGACACAUCAGCUUCCAAAGCCUCAGCGGUUAACUGUUUUAAAUGAAUUAUCAAAAGGAUGGAACAUUUAUCUUCUCUGCAGCCUAUACUCGAGCUAGACUCGUUAAACUCUACACCCAGCAAUCAAAGAGCAGCAUGUCUAUGCCUGUAGUAGGAGCUUAUUAUCCGUUUUAUCAUACGGGUAUUGGCACAAUCUAGAAAACACGCGGAAUAUUGUAAUUUAUUUUUAUCUUAUUUAAGUAUCUGUUUCCAGUCAACAGCCAGGUACUCUAAUUUCAUCCAAUUCCGCGGCAAAAACUCUUUAUUUCUAUGUGAAUCGUAAAAGGCAUCAUUAAAAUGUAUAACGUUGUUUCUUUCCCACAAACCGACCAUUAUCACAGACAAACGAAGGUAUAAACGAUUAUCAACUGCGCGGCCUUAGGCCAAGCGUGGUUCAUGUUUUGCCGGGGUGAUGUUUUUUUUUUACUAUAGUUUUGGUAGUGACUUAUCCCGUACCCCUGCGCGGUCAGCAGUAACGCUUUGCAGCGCCGAUCGAAAAGCAAAUAAACCUGGAAAGUACGAACGUUUUAGCACGUAACAAAGAAGUCAUUUGUCUCGUUUCCAUUGUCACGCUCGAAAAGGCCUGGCGACGAGUUUAAUUGUUUCAGUUUCGCGCCCGCAAUUUAGUGACUGUGGGAGAGUGAAAGAAGAUCGCGAAGGGAGAUCAGAACAAAAUGUCGAGAAAUACGUUAGCAUUUGUGACGGGGAAUCACAACAAGCUCAAAGAAGUUGUUGCGAUAUUAGGAGACACAUUUCCCUGGAAAGUGGAAUCCAGGAAUAUAGAUUUACCUGAAUUUCAAGGUGAACCUGAUAAAAUCUCUGAGGAGAAGUGCAAAGUUGCUGUUAGAGAGAUUGGAGGUCCAGUGAUAGUUGAAGACACAUGCUUGUGUUUCUCUGCCCUAGGAGAUCUUCCAGGACCUUAUAUAAAGUGGUUCUUGAAGAAGUUAGGACCAGAAGGUCUAUACAGACUUUUAACAGGAUGGGAAGAUAAGUCAGCAUAUGCACUUUGUACCUUUGCAUAUUCAACAGGAAAACUUGAGGACCCUGUCAUGCUUUUUAGAGGAAAAACAAUGGGCAAAAUAGUUGAACCCAGAGGUCCAAGGAAUUUUGGAUGGGAUCCAUGUUUUCAACCAGAUGGCUUUGAACAGACGUAUGCAGAGAUGCCAUCAGAAAUCAAAAAUUCCAUUUCACACAGGGGUAAAGCUCUGAAGGCAUUAAAGGAACACUUUGAGAGUACAGUGACAGCCAAUGAAAAUCAAAGUGAUGAACCAGUAAAUAAGAAACCCAGGAACUUCACUGAGAAAACAUGAACAGCAUCAAUAUUGAUACUGCAUGAAAGUAACAUUGGUCACUUGAUGUACAUUGUAUAUUUAAAUAUUUUCUGCUUCUGUUGAGUUAAUUAUUAAAAAAAAAUCAUUAACAUU